GUUUGAGUGCUUUGCCACCCCUAUAUAAAUAGAUUAAGCAUGCACCUCGUCAUUUCAUUGUCAAGCAAAUCUAGCUUCUUAGCUGUACUCUUAUCUUCUAAUCUAAACAUUAGUAAGCUUAAGCUAGCUAAUUGUACGUACUUGGGAAUUGAAGCAUGGCUAUUUUCUCGGGUGAUCAUUGGACUCUUGCGUUUGGCAUAUGUGGGUUCAAACCUUCAGUCCAGAAAUCGGCGCUGGGGUUCCUCGAUCAUGCGGCUUCACUCCCUUCAUCUUCUCCUCUCCUAUAAGCUGAUAGUUUCCUGGACUUGUGGACUUCUGGGAUGUUUGAUUAUUGCAGUGUUGAUGGGGAUAAGAAGAGAGAAUCAGAGUAUUCUUUGGGUAUAAGCAGCAAAGAUGGAUGGAAGAAGAAGCCUUUGAAGAAGAAGAAGAAGAAGUCUAAAGCUUCACAGUAUAGCCGGUGUUUGUGGCCAAGCCAAGGUGCAGUUAGGGAUUUCAGCAAGUUUAAUGGCCAUAGUGAAAUGGAUGAUUAUCCUGAAACUGAUUGGAGUGAAAGAGAAUUGGCUUUGGAAAAGAUACAUAUGCAUGCUUUCUCUAAGAGAAAUUCUUGUCUUUUAUAUGAUUCAAGUGAUAAUAAUAAUAAUAGUAAAAGGUUGGAUCCCUCUUUUGUCCAGAAAGCUGCAGCUAGACAGGGAAUAUCGUAUCCUUCUUCGUAUUCCUUGCUCCAAUGCCUACCUUCCAUCAAAUAUACAAAAAGAAAUCAACAGUGGGAUUUCAAUCAAUACCAUAUGUGGUUGCUCUCUUCAGUGCUAUGCUUUGGAUUUACUAUGCUUUUCUCAAAACCAACACGACUCUCCUCAUUACGAUCAACUCCUUCGGCUGCUUCAUCGAAACCCUCUACGUUGGCUUCUAUCUCUUCUACUCUUCAAAAAAAUCCAGGGAUGCUGCUGGCUUAAUAAGGCGUCUGAAGUAAACAGAAUCGACGGCUAAUUCCCUGCUUAGGACGCACAAUAGCCUCUUAACUCGCCGGUUACUAAAGCGACGCCCCCCCCAUGUUUUAUUUAAUCGGGUAGAACACCAUCGCCUAUCUUUCUCCAAGCAUUGCCGAUUGCCGAUUUCGAACAAGGAGUAGAGGGACCUUGUUCAAUCGAAGUGAAAAUGGAAGAAGAAAGUAAUACCUGGAGGGCUAGAGAUGGUCAACACGUCCAACUUGCUUCUUCGAUGGAGAUGGUAGCGGCUUCUUCGAUGGAGAUGGGAGCGGCUUCUUCGAUGGAGAUGGGAGCGAUGUUUUGUCUCUCAUGGAUAAAGCAGUAGAAAUGAAAUGAGGGAGUAAGUUUUAAGGUUAUUUAUGUCAUUUUAAAUAUAAGCUAUUCUUUAAGGUUGAUGAAGUAAACAUGUUUGUUGUUAUUCAAACCCAUGCUUAAUAAACACUCGUGUAGUAAGCAACGCUUACUAAACCCAGGCUAAAUAAGCAUCGUUUCUUAAGCAAGAAAGUAAACGGCUCCUAAGUUUGACACUGAAUAUGAUUAAAAAAUCUGUGAAAUGGAUAGAUGUAUAAAUGAGUAGUGCGCCGGAUAGUAAACAAAAUAGUGUAACAGUAUCAAACAAUGUCGUCUAACCAUGUCAAACAAUGGCGGCGAACAACCUCACUUUCUUAAAAUGUGUGUAAAAUGAAUGAGGACCUUUAUAUAAGUAGGGAGAGAGUAUUUUUAGUUUUAUGGUUUGUUUUGAGAGAAUAUUCAAACAAAAUUACUGAGAAAAAUUAUGGAUGAAAAUGUGAGUUAAUUAGUACGGAAUAAUUUUUAGUGAAAAAACUAUGUAUAAUUGUGUUUAAGACUUGCAUCAUAAUCACUACAUCAUAGUAACUUUGAAAACAAUUAUAAUUGGUAAGAGUUAUCAAAUCACAUUUUGUCCAUUUCUUUUCCAGGAAUAAUAUUAGCACAAUUCAAAUAACCGGACAGUUCAAAUAAAAAUGGAGUUUAACGUGUAAGAUGUGAAAUUGUCACUUUAUAGCGCUAAUGUGCUACGAUGCACGUUUCUGUUCCAUCAAAUACUACGCUUUUGUAAUUUCAUAAAACGUUUCACUUAUUUACAAAAAUAUCACCACAUUUUCAUUCAAAUUUGUGUUAUAUAUGUAGGCAUGUAACUGAUGUAAGCCAACUAAAAGUAUGGGAUGGGUACGUUUGGAAUAACGUUUUUGCAGAUACAGACGAUGAAGUUACUAAUGUUGUCGGUGGUUGGAGGAUUUGGUUGAAGAGAAAUUCAGUCCCAAUUAAGGAUCUAAUCUCACUAAAACAUGAUAAAAUUCAUAUAAUCAAACAAUAAGAACACUAACCGGUUGGGGAGAAACCAUGCUUUGAUUGUGUUGUAGAAGAUGAUGAAGCCAUAGCCAUGGAUGUGUGGAUUCUCUAAGGAUACAAACAACAAAUUCGAUGGAUUUUUAAGUCUCCCUUGGGUCUCUUAUUAUAGGUGUUCUUGUGACCCUUGGGAGGAGACACGCCCCUUCUCAUUUGUCGUAAGAAUGGAACGAGCGGUCAUUUAUGUUUUGUAUCAAAGAGAAACCCAAUUGGCCCCUUAUGUAUUAUUUAAUGUUAAAACAUAUCCAUCAUAUGUUAACUAUACAUAAAUAAAGAGACCAAAUAUGUCAUAUGGCAAACUUAAUGGUAAGACAUAAAUGUCCCCAAUAUUUAUUAAAUUAUAUAAAUGGUCCAAGGGCAUUUAAAUGGAAUAUUUUCCAACAUUCUCCCACUUGACCUUGAGAUCAUUUAUACAUAAGUUAAAGUAAGUUUUGGCCAAAAAUUCAUCUUACUCCAUAAUAAUAUCAAAGCAAAUAAAUACAGUCUGACGGGUCAAUAUAACCCGGGACCCCAUUAAUCAUACUUUGACACUUCUUAAAGAGUAUAAGGAUUAAUAUAAGCCAAAUGACAUUAAACUUAGGGUAUUAUGUUUGUCUAUUAAAAUAACUUUGUGUGCACAAUGAAGAAUAGACAAAACAUACUUAGGGAGGAAUUUUAAAUCAAGUACUUGAAAUUAAUACAUAAGAUAGUUAUUCAGGCACUGCGCUAUAAUUUCCUAAACAGGAUCUUUCAUCAAGCCCAUAUUAGUGACAUGUCUUUGAAAAAUACUAGGCGAAAGUCCUUUAGUGAGAGGAUCUGCUAGCAUAUCAUUCGUGCUGAUGUGUUCGAUACAAAUUUCGUUUUCCUCCACUCUUUCUCGAACGAACAAAUACUUUGUAUCGAGGAACAAUCCCGCUCCACUCGAACUGUUAUUGUUUGAGAAGCUCACGGCCGCGGAAUUGUCACAAUAAAUCCUUAGCGGUCUUGAGACAGAAUUUACUACUUUGAAUCCUUUGAUAAGAUUCCUUAGCAACAUCCCAUGACAUGUUGCGUUGUACACCGCAACAUAUUCAGCCAUCAUUGUUGAAGUAGUCGUAAGUCUUUGCUUGUGGCUUUUCCAAGAUAUUGGCCCACCUGACAGCAAGAAAAUGUAUCCCGAAGUAGACUUCCUAUCAUCUUUGCACUUAGCAAAGUCAGAAUCGGAAUAUCCCACCACUUCUAAAUUAUUAGACCUCUGGUAAGUAAGUUUGUACUCCUUAGUCCCUUGAAGAUACCGCAAAACUUUCUUAGCGGCUUUCCAAUGAUCUAAUCCUGGGUUAGAUUGAUAUCUACCCAACAUGCCGGAUACAUAUGCGAUAUCUGGACGAGUACAAACUUGAGCAUACAUCAGGCUUCAAACUACAGAAGCAUAAGGAAUGAGUUUCAUUUGCUCUUUCUCAACCUCCGUUUUUGGGUCAUUCCAAUGCCCAAAAACGUCUCCCUUAACUACUGGAGCAACUGAUGGAGAGCAUUGUUGCAUGUUAAAACGUUCUAAAAUAUGCUCAAUGUAUGCCUUUUGGGACAAACCUAACGUCCCUUUGACUCGAUCUCGGUGAAUUUCAAUGCCUAUAACAUAAGAAGCUUCACCUAAAUCUUUCAUGUCAAAAUGGCCAAAUAAUAAGCGUUUUGUUUCAUGCAAUAAAUCCAUAUCACUACUUGCUAAUAAGAUGUCAUCAACAUAUAACACAAGUAUGAUGAAUUUGCUCCCACUCAUUUUGAGAUAAGUGCAUUGAUCUACUUUGUUUUUAAUGAAGCCAUUUGAUUUCAUGAGUUCAUCAAAUUUGAGGUACCAUUGUCGAGACGCUUGCUUGAGCCCAUAAAUAGACUUCUUGAGUUUACACACUAGAUGUUCUUGACCCUUAGAAACAUAACCUUCUGGUUGUAUCAUAUAAACAUCUUCGUGUAAAUCUCCAUUUAAGAAGGCUGUUUUGACGUCCAUUUGAUGUAGCUCAAGAUCAAAGUGAGCCACUAAAGCCAUAACGACCCUUAGGGAGUCCUUUCAAGAGACAGGUGAAAAGGUCUCUUGAUAAUCUACACCUUCCCUUUGAGUGUACCCCUUAGCAACCAAUCUUGCUUUGUAUCUUUCAAUGUUUCCAUUUGGAUCUAAUUUAGUUUUAAAGACCCACUUGCUUCCAACGGGCUUAUGACCCUUUGGUAAUUCAACAAGUUCCCAAACAUUGUUCUUCUCCAUGGAAAGAAGUUCCUCAUUCAUGGCUUCUUUCCAAUAAAUCGAUUGGUCACAAUUAAUGGCGUCAUGGAAAGAUAUAGGAUCUACGACUUUCCCUAAAUCAAAGUCGGCUUCUUCAUUUAAAUAUACUAAAUAUUCGUCAAAAUUUGUGGGGCGUCUCACCCUUUGAGAUCUCCUUAAGGAUUGCUGAUUUUCUGGAAUUUCAUUAGAAACAGGUGGAGUUGGUUCAACAUUUAUUGGAGUUUCUACGCCUCUUGACUUGUUGCAUCAUUAUUAUGAGGUGUAUGACUUUCACUAUGAUCUUCAAGUGAAGAGUUAGGUAGAAUGGGCAGUAUAAUAAGUGGAUUCAUUCCAUCACCUUCUUGAAGUUCAUCAUUAAUGUUUGAACCAUUACUACUCCCACUAAUGUUAGUAUUCUCAAGGAAUUCAGCAUGUCGGGUCUCGACAAUCCGGGUAGUAUGAGAUGGGCAAUAGAACCUAUAUCCCUUAGAUCUCUCGGGAUAACCAAUAAAGGAACAACUAAUAGUUCUCAUGUCAAGUUUCUUCAAUUGAGGAUUAUACACUUUUGCUUCAGCCGGACAACCCCACACUUUUAGGUACCGUAGACUAGGCUUCCUUCCCGUCCAUAACUCAUAUGGAGUUUUAGGAACAGAUUUAGAUGGUACUCUAUUCAAUAUGUGGGUUGCUGUUUUAAGAGCCUCGGUCCAUAAAAAUUGGGGAAGAUUUGAGUUAGCCAACAUACUUCGGACCAUAUCCAAAAGAGUCCUAUGCCGCCUUUCGGCAACCCCAUUUUGUUGAGGGGUGCCAGGCAUGGUAUAUUGGUUGAUGAUCCCAUGUUCUUUACAAAAUUCAUGGAAAGAACCGGGAGCUUGACCAAUAUCGGUGUGUCGAACAUAGAACUCACCACCCCUAUCCGAUCUCACUACUUUGAUCUUUCGAUCAAGUUGAUUUUCAACUUCGGCUUUAUAUAUAAGCCUUGAACAUAUCUAGUGAUUCGGAUUUUUCCUUAAUCAAAUAUAGGUACAUAUAGCGUGAGUAAUCAUCUAUGAAAGUAAUAAAGGAGGUAUGACCACUAAUGGAAUCGGGAAAAGGCCCACAAAUAUCCGUGUGUAUUAAUUCUAACAAACCGGUGCUUCGCGUGGCGCCUUUCUUAGUUUUCUUAGAUAAUUUCCCUUUCAAACACUUCACACAUUUGUCAUAAUCUGAGAAGUCAAGAUUUGGAAGAAUGCCGUCUUUCACGAGUCUUAUCAUUCGAUCUCGUGAUAUGUGGCCCAACCUUUGAUGCCACAAAUUGGACGACGAUUCCAAUUCUCUCUUUCUCUUGCAAGGAUUUUCAGUUAUAUUAAAUGACAAUGGGGAUUCCAUAAAAUUAGUGUCUAAGCAUAACUUAUAGAGGUUUCCCUCCAUGCUACCAAAUCCUAUUACAUUUGAGUUCAAGCUUAUUGUCACUUUAUUGUAUACGAAAUUAAAUGUAAAACCAUCAGCACUUAGUUUCGAUACAGACACUAAAUUACGAGUAAUAUUAGGUACAUAAAGAGCAUCACGAAGAUGAAGAAUGAAGCCAUUCUCUAAAAUUAAUGAGAUAGUUCCAAUGGCCUCCACUUUUAAUUCUUCUCCAUUGCCCACCUUAAUCACUCUUUGCUUUCUUCCCAAUGUCCGGAUUGAAUGGAAUCCCUGCAGUGUGUUUGAAACCUUUCUUAGUCAACCAUGCCUUAAACUUAGGACACUCCCUCUGGUAAUGCCCUUUGAAACGGCAAAACUUACAGUAGGGACCAGAGUUCACGCUUGCACCUAUCUUUGGGACCUUAGAAAUGUUACCUUUUCCUCCUCCUUGACGGUUGCCUUUCCUUUUCUUUGAGUUUGUGGUAGUGAGAUGAGCAACAUCUGGUCUUUCAGCUUUAAGGCGCUCUUCUUCUUAAACACACAUAGCAAUCAUCUCGCUCAUUGUCCACUUCUCUUUCUGCGUGUUGUAAUUGAUCUUGAAUGGACCAUAAGACGCAGGUAGAGAAGUCAUUAUGAAAUGAACGAGGAAACCUUCACUGAUCUCCAUGUCCAUACUUUUGAGCUUGUUAGACAUAUCAGACAUUUUCAUGAUAUGCUCACGAAUACCACUUACUCCAUCAUACUUACUCGUCAACAUUUUGAGAAUUAAGGUACUGGCAUGUGCUUUAGAAGUGCCCUUAAAUUGUUCUUCCACAUAUUCUAGGUAGGUCUUCGCAUUUUCAGAGUCAGGAAUGGCUCCGCGAAUGGCUACAGAUAUGGAAUUCUUAAUCACCAUGAGGCACAUUCGGUUGGACCUCUCCCACUGUUCAUAAGAAUGCUUUUGUUCCACAGUACUUUCAUUAUUAGGAGCACCUGGUGGAUCCAUUCUCAGUGCUUGGUCGAGGUCCAUCAUGCCAAGUGAGAGUUUAUAGAUUCUCUCCAUGUUGAAAAGUUUGUACCAUUUAGAGGUUCUAUCCCAUAAUUGUACGGAGUAAAAGUAGAUGCUGAAAUAAAAGUUUUAAGAGAGGCAAUAAUAGAAGCUAUUCAUAAUAUAUAAGGGAAUACAAUAAGGAAUGUCAAUUAUUAGUAAAUAAGCCUAUUAUCAACACCAAAUAAUAGGAAAAGUUCAUAUCAUGCUUAAUAACUAACAUUGCGUUGGCUAAUGCUAACUAUCAAACAUUAUAAUAUUAAAAUUAAAAUUAGGCUUCAAAAUAUGUCAUAUAUCACCUUUGGGCAGAAAUAUAACACAUUUUUUUAUGCUUAAAUUUCAUUACAUAAGUUAUCAAAUAAAACACCUUUGGGUUUGUUAAAAGAAAACUCAUAUAAUUGUUUAAGAUAGUAAAAAUCAAUAAUCUUCCGUUGGGCCGAUUAUUGAACUUCACAAUAAGUUAAUCAAUAAUCCAUAUUAUAAGUUUGAAUAUGGAAUAAAAUUGAAGUCAGUCAUGCAGUAAUGCACUUUUAAAUUGCAUAUGUUAAUGAACCAAGUUUUCUGUUCAUGUAUAUGCAUUUGUAAUAAGUCAAAAUCUGCAAAUUAUGAACAGACAAUUCAAAUGGUUCAAACUGGCAAAUUUCCAGGAUAGAAUUAUCAGUGUGUUUAUAAGCACUUUUACCGAAUUGUACUCUGCACUUACUUCAUGCAUUUCGGAAAAAAAAAAUCAAUAUUUUUACUUUAUGUUGAUCAACCAAAUAGCAUACGGCAGACAAAAGGAUUCAUACAAAUCAUGUACGUAGGAAUCACAACCUAUAUGUGGUUUAUGCACUUAUACUAUUGUGGGAAUCAACACAAAGUAAACCCAUGUUGUUUUCAGAAACAACAACCAAGUAAAAUUCGAAAGGAGAAGAAAUCAUCUGUUAGUUAAGAGUCUUAGAUUUUAUUUUCAGUUUACUUUAAACAACCGAACAGAAAACAAAACGGAGUCAAAUCAAAACUGAAAUUUACUUUUAUCAGCUUUGCAGUUUGCAGAUAAACGAAAAUUUAGUUUUCAAAUCAACGUCAAGGCAGACAGAUGGAUUCAAAAAAUUCCAAAACAAGAGUCAAACAUUAGUACAUAGUAUAUAUUGGGUGAUCGUUUGAGUAAAAACUCCACAGAGGAGAAAACACAUACUCCGUAUUCAUUAUAAGCCGCAUCAUCAUAAUCGGGUUGAUAAAUUAAAUUAAUAACCACCGAUUAAUAAAACCCAGUCCAAGUUACAUGCGAAUAUACGGUGAAAAAGAUGAAUUAUUUACGACAGCAACUUCGAAAUUUAUCAUGUAAGCGAGAAUUAACAGGCUCGGAUACCAAAUGAAGAGAAAUUCAGUCCCAAUUAAGGAUCUAAUCUCACUAAAACAUGAUAAAAUUCAUAUAAUCAAACAAUAAGAACACUAACCGGUUGGGGAGAAACCAUGCUUUGAUUGUGUUGUAGAAGAUGAUGAAGCCAUAGCCAUGGAUGUGUGGAUUCUCUAAGGAUACAAACAACAAAUUCGAUGGAUUUUUAAGUCUCCCUUGGGUCUCUUAUUAUAGGUGUUCUUGUGACCCUUGGGAGGAGACACGCCCCUUCUCAUUUGUCGUAAGAAUGGAACGAGCGGUCAUUUAUGUUUUGUAUCAAAGAGAAACCCAAUUGGCCCCUUAUGUAUUAUUUAAUGUUAAAACAUAUCCAUCAUAUGUUAACUAUACAUAAAUAAAGAGACCAAAUAUGUCAUAUGGCAAACUUAAUGGUAAGACAUAAAUGUCCCCAAUAUUUAUUAAAUUAUAUAAAUGGUCCAAGGGCAUUUACAUGGAAUAUUUUCCAACAUUGGUGCCAUAGUUCUUGUCACGCAGUUUGCUUUCAAAGGUGCAAUUCGUGCUCAAGUGGUGGGGUGGAUUUGCCUAGGGGUGGGCAAACGGGUCUUGGAACCGCGGUCCGGUCCGAGUAAUGGCGGUUCGGGUCCAAAACGGGCCGGUUCCAUUUUUUGUUUCUAUAAAACGGUCCGGGUAGGGUCGGGUAAUUUUUUUUAAGGAACCGGACCGGUUCCAAAAUUAAAAAAUAACGGGUACCCGGCCCGGCCCGUUAUAUAUAUUGUAUAUUAAUUUAUUAAUAGUUUUGUGAUAAUCGGUUUUGAAAUAGUUUUGUUUCCUGUGCUAGAAGUAGGAUUUUAAAUUGAGUUGCAGUAACAUCCUUUUGUUUUCAAAUUAUUGAUUAAAUGUUUCAUAAAUAUCUUAUUACUUUUUAUUGUUAUUGAAUUAUUCCUUUCUAUGGAAUUUAAUUAUUUGUUAAAGAUGAUUUUGUUAUAUUUUUUUAUUAUAUUGUUAUUAAAAUAUAUAAAUUGUGUUUACCACCCACCAUGUAUGUGUCAACUUUGGCUAACACUGAUAAAGUAAUAUAAAAAAAGCAAUCACUUUAAUAUGUGAUGUUAGACAACAUGUUUAAAUACAAAUGUUAGAAAAUAUGUAUUUUGGCUAUGUUGCAUAUUUUUGGAAUUUCUUUAAUUGUUUGAAACUUAUAUACAAGAAAAUAUGGAGUAUUGGACUUUUCACUUGUGUUAUAUAUGCACCACUAUGUUGUUAUUUUGAAACUUGCUAAUGUCCUAUAUUAUUGAUUUUGGUAAUUUCGUGAGUUUUUACUAAUUUCAAGACAUGAGAAUAGAAACCGUAAAACCCGGACCGGACCGACCCGUUUCAAACGGGCCGGGUAAUUUCCGGUUCCUAUUUUGAAAAUUGUAAUACCCGGACCGGACCGAACCGUACAAUGGAACCGGCGGUUCCAUUUUAUUUUGCAUUACCCGCCCCGACCCGGCCCGUGCCCAGCCCUAGAUUUGCCUUGUCUUCUCUCUCUGUGUCUUUGUCGCUCCCUUAUGCAUUCUCGUAAGUGUCUUUUCCUAUACACAUACACGUGUACGAUUAACACAAUUUUUUUGGCUAAUUAUACAUGUGAAAUUUAAAACUCUAUUCUUUUAUAAAAGUAAUUCUAAUUAAGAAAAUGCGGUUUAGACUCGUAAUUCCAUUCUACAAGACCAAUUUGAUAGAAAGAUAAGUCAAAGUCCUAUAUAAUACGAAGUAUAUUUAUUGUUUUUAGGGAAAACUCUCAAAUAGGUCCUCGAACUUUCAUAAAAAAGUCAAUUAAAUCCUUCUAUAGGAGACUCUGUCCGGUCGUCGCGAUUUGGGGCAGUUCCCGGUGGAAUUUUUUGAUGAAAUUUUUUGAGCAUCUUAUCCACCAAGUCUAGUUUACUCAUACGAAAUUUCAGCUAAAAAUUCAAUUGGGAACAUAUUCAAAUUAAUUCUUGAAGAUAACUGCGCAUUUUUGCGUUCUCAAAUUAAUUUGAAUGCGCUCCCGAUUAAAUUUUUAGCUGAAAUUUGGUAUGAGUAAACUAGACUUGAUGAAUAAGAUGCUCAAAAAAUUUCAUCAAAAAAUUCCACCGGGAACCGUCCCAAAUCAUGACGACCGGACAAAGUCUCCUAUAGAAGGACUUAAUUGAUUUUUUUAUGAAAGUUCGAGGACCUAUUUGACAAUUUUCCCUUGUUUUUAUAGCUUUCCUCUGUUCGACUAAUACUUUAACAACCUCUCAGCUCGAAUCGGUCUGUACAAUAUCGGGUAUAUAAAUGAGCCAAACAUACCGUACCCUAAACAAGAUACUUUUAAUCAUGGACGUUAAACAAACAGUCAAACCACAACUUACCGGACUAGGCUCUGAUAUCAGGAUUCUAUCAUAGACGGAGUGAUCCAAAACCUUAUAUAAUUUUGAGAAAAGGGGCGAAUAAGCCCUCGAACUAUUUGCAAUUCCACAAUCAGGCCCCUGAACUUGAAGAAUUGCAGAUACACCCCUCAACUCAUUGAAAAUGAUGCAAUCAGGUCCUUUUUACCUGUUGGUGCCGGUAAUAUUUCAUCUUCUUACCCCCACCAACAGGUAAAAAAAAUCUGAUUGCAUCAUUUGCAAUGAGUUGAGGGGUAUAUCUGCAAUUCUUCAAGUUCAAGAGCCUAAUUGCAGAAUUGCAAAUAGUUGGAGGGCUUAUUUGCCUCUUUUCUCUAUAAUUUUCGAGUGUGAAACGAAUACUUCAAACACAUUCACAACAUAUAGUUUCACAUUUUAACUUUAUUGGUCAAACUUAACCAAAACAAAAGUCGAUAUAGUGAAUUUUAUAGGAUGGACAGUAGGAUUUAUAUAUAUCUUGGUUUGUAGCUGUAAUAGUGUAAUACAUAUAUAUACUCAUAUACUCAUUAAAGAUUAAAGAUCAUUUUUACAUUCUCUCUUACCGUCUGAUUGUCCGCAAUUCCGCAUCACCCAAUAUUACGGAUGAUCUGAUUGUCCGCAAUUCCGCAGGGUUUAAUGCACCAAACCCCCCUGUGAUUUGGAAAUUCGACGCAUUAGCCCUCUGUGAUUUAAAAAAUGCGUCAAACCCCCUUGUGUUUUAAUUAAUCAUGCACAGAACCCCCUUUAUGAAUAAAUUUAACGAUUUGAAAAACAUUUUUCCUAAUAUUUUGAUUGAAUAUGCAAAUAAAUAUGUCAAUAUCUCUGAAUCAUACAAAAAUGUUAAUCAUUUUUCUUUUAUUUGACAAUUGAAUUUGUUCACAUAAGGGAUUUGGCGCAUGAUUAAUUAAAACACCGGGGAGUUUGACGCAUUUUUUAAAUCACAGGGGGCUAAUGCGCCGAAUUUCCAAAUCACAGGGGGGUUUGGCGCAUUAAACCCCAAUUCCGCAUCACCCAAUAUUACGGAUUUACGGAUGAUGAUAACACACACAAAAAGCGACUUUGACCAAUAAGAGCAUCUCCAUUCAUCAUCUCAUAUCAAUUUUUUCUAUGAUUCUUACAUUUUAAAUAUUGUUAUAUAAUUAAUUUUUAAAUAAUCUCAAUAUUCGUUUAUGCUCCCAACCAUCAUCUUCAAAUAAUCCGAUUUUUUUUAUCCUGCAUUAACUUCUAUUACAUAUACAAUUUAAAUAAUCUUAAAAUAAUUUGGAUUCAUAUUUUGAUCCAGGAUUAUUGUAGCAAAUAAUCUCAUUAAAUAAUUUAUGUCUCUCAAUGAUGCUUCUAUAAAAAAUCUGCCACAUCACUUAUUUAAUCUCUUAAUAAUCCUACUAAUGGGGAUGCCCUAAGAUACAUAGCUAGUGAAGUUAAUUGUAAAAAGGAAGUGACUCUACAAUUAUACAUGAAUUGUAUAUUACUUUUGUAAUUAUUAAUAAAUGAGAAUAUUAUCCAAAAUAAGACUGAAAAAGUUUGAAAAUUCAAAAAUAGAAUUGCCAUGUGUUUAUUCCUAAAGUGGAACUAAUUACUGUCAUAUUUCGGCAGUACCAGAUUUCAAACAUGACAGUAUUUUCCAUACUAGACAGUAAUUAAUACUAUUUUGGAAAUAAAAAAUAUGACAGUUCUAUUUUGGAAUUUUCAAACUCUUUUAGUCAUAUUUCAGUAACUUUCCCUUAUUAAAUUGGUCGGUACUAUAUAUAUACCCUUUUGACCAGAAUGUACAAUUAGGGCUGAGCAUACCCGACCCAACCCGAACGACCCGAUCGGAUUUAUCCGAUCCGUGGCCUUUGGGUCGGAUUACCCGACCCGAAACUGACCAACCGAACCGGCCCGACUGUUAGUGGGCUGCCUAUAGGGUUCGGUUAGGGUUUGGGCUUUUCCUACCCGACCCGCCCGACCACCCGAUUUUACAGGCCCAGUAUAUUUUAAUAUAUAUACUAAUCCUAACCCAAUAACCCAUAACCCAUUAACCCAACCACCCAACCCUACACCCUUUAACCUAAUCUCACUUCACUGCUUCACACUUCGCUCACUUCAGCGCCUCUUUCCUUCGAAACCCUAAUUCUCACUUCUCGGUUCUCUACUUUUCUGACUCUCACUCUCUCAGACUUGGCCGUCGUUGGUUCGUUGCUGGGUAGCCGAUAUUGUUGUCUGACUCGAUUGAGUAAAGCACUUCUCUAGUUCUACUGUUCUACACUUGUUUGUUUGUAUGAUUGUCUCUGACUUCUCGGUUCAUAAUCCGUAUUAUGAAUUUAUGACUUAUGUCUGUCUUUGAUACUUGAUAUGUUGGUUUAUCUUCAUCUGUUGCAGUCCAUCUGUGUUCUGAGUGGAAGUGUGGAAGCCCUCAAGCCCAUAGUCCGAAGUCCGAACUCUGAAAUCCUUAAACUCUGUCCUUCUGCAGUUGUGUGACCCAAUAUAUUAUAUUUUCCUUAAGCUUUGAGAAUCACUGAGUCACUGAGGAUGAAAUAUCCAAUAUGUUAAUUUGAUGGUCUGGGGUCUGGAAUUUGGAUUGUUCACUGUGGAGCAUGGAGUAUGUGUGAAGUAAUGAAGUAAUCAUCCUCUACUGGUAAAUAGGUCAUCAACUUGUGAUGUUUUGAGUUUUGACGUGUUAAAGCUGGGAAGUGGACAAUUGGUCAAGUUAUCAAGUACUGAAGUACUCUACUACUCAACUACUCAAGUGUGAACUGUGAAGUGGGAACUUAUGAUUUUGCUGUUUGGGAAUUUUUGAAUGGCAGCUUGUAAAGUUGUAACAUUUAUAAGACAUUGUAAUGUGUAAACUUAGUCCCAUUUCAUUUUGUUAUAUUUUUUGGACUUAAACUCAGUAUGGUUUGAUUGUAAACAUCAAAGUUCAAAUUGUAUUUAAACUCUGAUUUUUUUGGCUAA